AUGUGCCUCUUUGUCCUCCGUCACCUCCCUGGUCCCCGUGACGAUGUCAUGCCCAAUAAGCUUCACUGUCGCGUCGACGACUGGAUGUUUAUGGCCAUUGAAAACAUCCUGCAUACUCUUCAGCAGGAUUGGGGUGAGUACUUGGAUGCAAGGGAAGAUGUGCAGCUUGAAGAGAUGGCUUUGUGCAUCAGCAACAAUACCUCGAGGCCCAUUCGUGAUGAGCAUUCAAGUGCAAAAGCUUGGACCGAUCAGUUUACGGGGAGUAAUAUUCGCUGGGAAUCCAUUGGACUUAUCUGGACGUAUUGGAAUGGCGCUCCCGGUAUGGAAGCUUCAGCCGUGAACAAGUGUUUAGGCUAUUGUGUCGAGCUUGUUCGUCAUUUCACAACUGCCAACGAUAUACUUCUUUAUUUAUGUUAUCGCAGAACAACCAUUGAGUCGCUGGUAACAGGUGAUGCCGGUUUAACAUGCUGGAGCUACGCCGCCGAGACGGUCGCCCUCCUAACCUUUCUCGGUCUUCACGUCGGUGUUGAAGACCCAAACUACGUGCCUUCUCUGUGCUCGGAACACAAACGCCGUAUAACCGCCCGCGUCUAUGCUCUUGACAAAGUCCUCGUCUCCUUCACGGGCCGACCACCACUUCUUAGCCAUCGCUACUUCUCAGGUCCUCUAGCGAUAGACAUAGAUGACCAGGAUCUUAUGGGUGGCGAUGCUGCUAUCAAGAGCGCGAUGCAGAGACUAGACGACAACGGGUUUCGACCAGAUGGAGAAUUACUCGGUGCAGCGUUGAUAAGAGCGCGUGUGCAGAUUGCUCUCAUAAAAGGUGAACUUCUCGAGAUGGCGUUGGCGAGUAGUGUGAAAGCGUCUUCUGAACGACUGGCUGAAUUGAAGACACGCUGCGAACGAACAUACGAGCGAUUCCCCCGGAACCUCAUACAUCGAGCAGAUGAACUAGAUGAUCCAAAUUGCAAUGUGGAGAGUGUCUACGUGAGGAUACUCGUUCGUCUGGAGCAUUUACAAAAUUUGUUCUUUGCCGAGAGGUUAUCGCUCCGUUUGGGGCAUGUUGAUGAGAACAAGUUGCUGGUAAUUAGUUUUGAGAUGGUUUGCUUGACGCUUUUAUUCUGGACACACCAAGACCGGUUUGCUGGAGUAAGGCGGGACUUUGAAUGGCUGUUGAUGGCCUUUGCUGCACCAGGAGGAGGCAUCCUCUGCCUCGAACUCCUUCGGCCAACAUUUCGCGGAACCCACCCCGACUGUCCCAAACUAAGCCGGUCAGCGAUAAUACAGAAACUCAGUCUUCUCAUCGGUUUUCUCGACUGGGUUCGACCCCCAGCUCCCAACGCAGACCUCUGUGCCGAUUGCAAGGCUGUUUUGCAAGGUGUGCUGGACCACAACCUCAAUGCUCCCAUCGCAGGCGGUGGAGCGCUGGAUACACUGGACUGGGACAUUCCGACGCAGUUGGACUUUAAUUUUGAUCUUUUGGACACGUUUGAUUGGUUGAGGCCUGAAGUACUAAACAUGCCUACUUGA